AGUGUGGUAUGGACCGUGAGAGAGGGGAAAAACGCUAUGUGUGUUGGAAAAAGUUUGAAAUGAUCUUACAAAAAAACCUACAUCAAUUGAUUGAAGCUGUGAGUUACUUUCGUGCAAUCAGAUUUCGUGUAGCCUCACUUUCGUCGUAUGUCAUCUAGUUUUACUAGCAUAUCACUGCCGAAGUACAGCGCGUGACAGUUGUUUCGUUAGUAUAAACAACUGACGCAAUGCAAAGCUUUUUGUGCUAAUUCGUGUUGCUAAAUCUAGAGCGUUGCUUAAACUGAAUUACUGAUGUUGAAAUGGCUAAAUUGAGGACGUCUUAUACCAUAAUACAGAAACAGUGCCUCGUGCAACGGAUAGGUUGCUGUAAGUUGUACGGCAUAUGCCCACUUUCGCAUUUACAAAAUAAAUAAGAAAAAGAAUGAAAGAGGAAAAUAAUUAUAUCACUCUCUAAAGCCCGAGUUGUGCAUAAGAGCUUCCCCCAAAUUCUAGUAGAACAUGUAUAUUUCUGACAGAGCAGUCAAUCUGGAAUACCAAAUAUCCUGUGAUACUACUGUCUACUUCAACUGUAGGUAGCUUCACAAUGCUGGACAUUAUAAAUCAUUUCGAGAACAGUACAUGAUUUGGAAUAAUUCUGUCUGCUACCUUCACGUGAUGCACAUAUUGUUAAUUUUUAUAGUGUGUUGGCUGACACCCUCACCUUCCACUAUCUGUUAUUAAGAGUCCAAACUACAUGUGCUUCAGUCGUCAUGAGCCAGUGCUUUGUCUGUUAUGCAAUUAUUUCAUUAACUUAUUGAGCAAAUUUCAAAUUGCGUAGCAGUUAUUAUGAUUGGAACAUAGAAAAUUCAGCUUCCAGGGUUGUUGUAUCCAGGUUUCAUACAAUGGAACCAGAGAAAAGCCCUUCGGCUGCGGUACAGAAAACAAUUGAAGAUGUUCUUGAAGAGAUAGACAGCAACUACUUUGACAGUAUUACAUUUGAUCCUUGUAUUCACGAACUAAAAAAACUUCCUGAUGUCCUCGACAUACAUAGUAUUCAGGCCCGACGGGAAAACUUAAGACAGCAGCAUAUGGUGGUAUCUAAAAGAGUUUUGCAGUUAAUUUUGCAAAAGCAAUCUCAGCGUCAUGAUGAAGUUGCGAGAAUACUGGAAAUUCAGCAGCAGUUACAAGCAGCACUAAGGCUCUGCCGGGAAGGGAGGACAAGCUUGAGUGGAGCUAAAUCACAGUUCACAACUACAAGUUUGGGAAUUCUUGCUAAUUAUCGCAAGAAACAGACGCUUCGAGGCUUGCUACAUUCAUUAAAUACCAUAAAAACAUUGCUGUGCACUGAAGAGCGCCUGCAGGAGUUGCUGAAUGAAGCGAAUUAUGCCAGAGCUAUUAGCUUGCUUCUGGAAUGUCAAAGAGCUGCGUGCACGUACCGCCAUUUUAACUGUGUUGCUGCACUCAGUGGAAAGCUACAGGAUACUUUAGAAAUGGCAGAGGAGCAGCUUGAUGGAGCUUUGACAAAAGUAUGUGCAAAAUUUCAGCCAGAAUUUUAUAACAAUGUAAUGACAGCGUAUCAGUUACUAGGAAAAACACAGAUGGCAAUGGAUCAGUUACACAUGCACUUCUAUUCUGCUAUUCACAAUAAAGCUGUGGAAGUUAUACGUGAGUGUGUGGACAACACUGAAAGUCUUGUAACUGGAGGUGCUUCAAGCUCUCUAAAGCCCUUUCGUCUAUUGUGUCAGAACGUUGUGCCUGAAAAAUUUAUAGAUUGUCUACUCAACUUAUGCAAAUCUUUGUGGGAAGUUAUCUUGAAUUACAACCAAAUGCGGAUGUGGCACAAACAGAAUGCAUGUCAGCAGCUGCACAAAGGGGGUGUUAGUACUGUAAUAGACUUUGAACUGAGUUGUGAUCAGAAGUAUGUGGAGCAAAAACUGGAAAAAGGAAUGUUUCGUAUGUGGCACGAUGUCCAAUCCAGGGUAGGGGCGUAUCUAAUGGGAUGUGACUUGGCCAGGUUCAAAUUUGAAGAGUUUCUUCAAAUUCUUUCAGUUGUUCACAGGUUGAUGGAAGUAGGUGAGGAAUUUUGUGGAAGCAAAUCAGAAGAAUUACAAAAUUCUAUUCGAGAACAGAGUACAAAUUACUUUAAAAGUUAUCACAGAGAACGCUUGGAAGAGCUAAGGCUGUUCUUAGAAAAUGAGAAUUGGGAACUCUGCCCUGUUAAAAAUAAUUUCACUAUCCUUCAGUUACAGGAAUUCAAAUCAUUGCGAAAUGCUCUGAAAGGGAUAAAAUUUGAUGAAGGUAGCAGCCUGAACCUCACAAGUCAUACAGCAAGUCCUGACUGUAGUACCAGUAGUGCCCAUUCACAAGAUAGCUCAUCAACUGCUGGAGGCUAUUUUCUACGUUACUCAGAAUCAGGGUCACCAUUUGAUAUUAUACCUGUUGAGUCACAGGAGGAGGACAUCUUGGCCAAUAUAAGGGAUGGCAUGUCUGUGGACUACAGUGAUGAAAGCGAUGACGACGUGCCAGAAGAUGUAAAGAAAGACUUCGUUGAUGAAGGAGGGGGUGAUAACAAUAAAAAUCCAAAACCAUUUGUAAGGAAGCAGGUGCAACAUGAUUUUCUUAAAGUCCCUGUACUCACAACUACAACAUUAACAGUUCUGCGUUACUGUGGAAAAUAUCUGCAAAUGAGUCAGCUACUGCGACGUAUUGCAAGUGACGUCAUUGCAGGAAUGAUUCAGUUGUUUGAAUACUACAUGUAUGCUGUUUUUGUCUUCUUCACUGCUGACCUGCAAGGACCUGAAAAUUAUACUUUCAGUCUUAGACUUCAAGCAACAUUAAAACAUAUAGAAGGAAGCCUCAUUCUCCUUGAUAGAUCAGAUAGCGAAAUUCAGUCACAGAAGAAUAAGAUAGCACGUCCAUAUAUGUCUCCAGAUAUUGACUUGAGUCAGUCUCAGAGACUCUAUGGUUUGCCAAAAAGAAUUAUUGCUGUUGAGUCACUAGUUCAUUUAGCAAAGCAGCUGGAGUCAUUAAAACCAUAUGUAGAACAGCUGCUAGAACAAACAUGCAAGACUGAGCCAUAUUUUCAGCAAUUCUAUACGCAAACAAUAAGUGCAGCAGUUGACCUUCGAAGGCCAGUGUAUAUGUGUGUCUCGCAGCGCAUAGUAGAUUUUGGUAGAAUGUUGCACCUAAUGAGCAAAGUUAAUUGGGAAGUGAAGGAUGUUAUGAGCCAGCACAGUGACUAUGUUGAUGCCUUAAUGAUGGAGUUAAAAACAUUUUUCUCCCAGCUGGAGAGUGUUGCUGCAAUAGUGCCGUUGUCUCCAGAAGUGAACAAAGUGCUUUGGAGUAACCUCAUAGAACUGAUAUGCAACACCUUUGUUGAAGGGUUCUCAAAUGCAAAGAAGUGCUCCAAUGGAGGAAGGGCAUUAAUGCAGUUGGAUUUUACACAGUUCCUAACACAGCUGGACAAACUUGUGAUGAUCCGCCCAAUACCAAAUAAAGAAUAUGUAGAAAUGUAUGUAAAAGCUUACUAUCUUCAGGAACCUGCUCUAGAAAAAUGGAUUAAAGAGCAUAAUGAGUACUCCAGUAAACAUUUGUUGGCCCUUGUGAGCUGUACGUGUCAAAAUCGAAAGAAGUCACGCUUACGCCUUUCCUCAUUGAUUGAGGAACUGGGGAGGUGAUGAUUGGAGUAUCUUUGUAUGGUCUUUCUGAGUGAGUGAGUGAGGUGAGGAACAUGAGUCUGUCUCUCUCAAGUGCAAUUUUACACACAAACACACCAAGGAAAUGACCAACAUUGAUGUACCGUAGAGCUUUCAAAGCAAGAAGCAGCCUAGUUAAUUUUACAAGUAUUAUUUCAUGCUAAAAAUUAUGAUGUGAAUCUCAUUGAUAACUCACCAUUCCAUGUACAUGUGUAAGACAGAAGGUACAAAUUGUGCUGUAGGUCUCUCUCUCAUUCUCUAAUGAUAACUGAUGACAUGGUAGAGAAUCGUUACCUAUAAUGUUGAAUGAUAUUUUGCAUAUUAUAUAUGUAUUAAAUUCUUGUUAUGUUGGAUUAAAAAUAUAAAUGACUA